UUUCGCCGUGCCAGAGCCACGCGAGUGGCCGCGCGCGCUGCUUGUUCGCGAAGGAGCUUUUGAGCUUGCGAUCGCGUGUGACGCUCGAGUGUGUGAAGUUUGUACCAUGUGCGGGAUUAAAGGUGGUGAUGGGCGCCUGCUGCUGAUUUCUGCAGUCGUCGUGGCUAUUCUUCUCACCUGUCCCGGUUCCUGUCAAAACGCGGAGCCCGGCAGGCGUUACCACGAUUUCAAAAAUACCGACGUCACUGCAGAUUUCGAGAACCAGCACGAUGAUUUUUGGGACGUGCCUCCCGAAGGAGAGCCGCUGCCGAGGCCAAAAGCGGAGAAGGAAGUAGCGCCGGCGUCGCCCCGAGGAAGCGGAAAUGAGAGCUCGGAGGCCCUGCUGCCAGGGGCGAGCCACGAGGACGAGUCGGACGAGCAGAGUCUACAGCCGCCCCAGCAGCGCUCCGCCACUAAUGCCAGUACUCGGCAAGAAAGCUUUCCCACUUCGCGAUUCAGCUCGUACCAACCCUAUCGCUGGAAAAAGAAGUAUCGUCGCGGAAGCAAACACUACCAGCAGCGGCAGCAGCAGUCCUGGAAAAAUCUGAUUUCGGCGGAACGCGAAAACGUCGUCAAUGUAGGCAGACGAAACCGAAGCAAAAAGCCGAAGCUGCUGCAACAGCAGGAGCAAAUCGAAACGAGCGUCGCGACUGCGAAUUCGAAAAAGCCGCGUAGUCGAGCAGGCAGGUACAGAGAGGAACGCCGAAGACGACGCAAGAACAGGAAGCGCUCCAGGAGUAGGAUCAGACUCGAAAGCAAGAAGCAGCACGAGGAGCAAAAAUGGAGGGACCGUCCGAUCGCCAGGCUACUCAAGGUGCUGAACAAGCAGAAGACCGACGAGGACAAGUUCUUGAUCGAGAACCCGCUGAACCUUUCGACGACCAAGCUGACCGAGGAGAGUGUUCCAGAGACGACAAAACUAUUCGACGCGUCGAACACCAGCUACCCCUCGCAACUGACGACGGAGCCUCGCAUCCCGAAAACGCCGUCGCCGACCGCGCACUAUCACGCACAGCAGCAGCAGCAGCCCGGCGAGGUCGAGCGCGAGUUCACGCGCCACUUGGAGCGCGAAUACGCGCGGACCCGGCUAGCCGAGAAGUCCAGCCUCAACGAGACCGACAACGACGAGGACGACGAGCUGGAGGACGGCGGCGACGAGGGAGCUGAGAUCGAGGCGGAGGAGGACGAGGAGGAGGAGACGGAGGAGCUUCCGAGGUUCGACGAUCAGCGCUACUCCCAGGCGAGCCGACCGCCGGGCGGAGCGCAAUUCAAUCCCGAGAGAAUGCUCGGCUACUCGAGGACCGACGAGGACCUGCCGAUCCUCGAUAUGGAGAACGAAGUGCUCCAGAGGACGCUCAAGGAUUACAACGCCUACAUGAGCUCCAGCGCUGCCGGCACUGACAAGGCCUCCAGGAAUAAGGACGAGGAGAACUCGGAGCACCGUAGGUACGGACCUAACGAAUCGUCUCGGUCCAAAGUGAUCAGCACUUCCAGUUCGCCGAGUCCGCUGGACAGCAACGUCUUCUUGGCGAGCGUCGAGGACGAGCCUCGCGGGGACCUGUCCUGCAUGAACGGAACGUUCCUGCCGGCUCCGUUUGUCCAGCACGCCGUCAUCAAAUAUGUAAAAUCAUCUCGGCCGGGCCACGAGUACCUCGAAGCGGACUACGAGUGCGAGUCAGGCUACACGAUGCUGGGCGCCAGCAUGAAUUCCGGAGGCGGACGACUGCUGUGUCGGGAGAGACGCUGGCUGGGUCGACUGCCCGUCUGCGUGUACUGGACCGACAACCAGGCCAUGUGCACCGAACUAAACUGUGAGCAGCUCUGCAAGUUCGUUGACGGCAGGCCGAGGUGUCUCUGCCGCGAGGGCUACCGCCUCGAGGGACGCAACUGCACAGACAUCGACGAGUGUCUGGAGAACGAGGGUCGCGGACCCUGCCAGGACACUUGUCGCAACCUGGCGGGCAGCUUCGCCUGUUCCUGCGAGGAACUCCCCGGCCACAGUCUCGCGCCAGACAACCGCACGUGUCAGCAGCAACAGCAGCAGGAACAGCAGUCGUCAAGCAGCAGCGCUUGCAAUUACAACAACGCCGGCUGCUCGCACACGUGCCUUGCGAUCCUGGGCAGGGUCUUCUGCCUGUGUCCUGAGGGUUUCUUCCUUCAGGACGACUGGAAGACCUGUCAAGACGUAGACGAGUGCGAGGUGCCGGAUCUUCAGACGGAAGUCUGUCGCCAUGGCUGCAUCAACACGCCGGGCUCGUACCGGUGCGCCCCGCCGCCGCCACCACCGCCACCGCCUCAGCAGCAUCCGCUUGAGGAAACUGCGAGGAGGAGCGCCGCCGAGUGUCAAACUGGUUACGAGCGAGGCGAGACGAGGAGCUGCGUCGAUAUCAACGAGUGCGCCACAAACAACGGCGGGUGUACCGAGGUGUGCGAGAAUACAGAGGGAAGCUACUUUUGUGCCUGCGAAGGCGACGAGAGAAUUUUAUCGGAAGAUAAGAAGACCUGCGUCGCGAAUACGAGUUUACUCUCUUUUCGCGGUUUGGUCUCCUUUCUAGUCGCGGAGAAGCGCUUCGAGGCGAUGGAUCGCGAAGCCGCCCUGGGCAUGCGAUUCCGCGAGACGAGCAUCUCCUGCUCGGCGCUGAAUCCCGCGGGCCGCGGCUACCUGCUCUGCUCCGACGCGGAGCCCUCGGCCACGCCGACGACGUCGAGCGACGGAGACACUGCCAAUGACGAGGACAGUGAUGACAAGGGCGACGAGGCGCUGGAGGAGCAGCAGCAGCAGCAGCAGGAGGAGGUGGAGCGAGGGCCCAUCAGGCCGGGUACCAAGUGUCGCCUCAAGUGUCCGCGCGGCUAUGAGCUUCACGGCGAGUACGAGCUCACCUGUCGCGCUGACGGCACUUGGGACGGACCCAAGCACGGAGAGUGUCUCAGAUACAGCAAGCCACGACUGGACUGCCCGAAGGACGUGGUAGCCGAGCUGCCCCCGGGCCACGACGAGGCCUUUGUGACUUACGAGCAGCCCUCGACGGAUCUGGAUUGGUUCCGCUACGUGCGCUCGAAACCUUCAUGGGGCACGAGGCUCGAGGCCAAUCUCAAGCUCGGUUCGCACGAGAUCACCUUCUACGCCCGGCAUCCGGUCUCGAAGAAACAGACGAGCUGCACCCUCAAGAUAGCCGUGCAAGAGGGCCAGGCGCCAAAGGUCAAAGGCUGCCCCAGCGACAUCGAAGUCAGGGGGAAUAACGGCUCCGCCAUUACGUGGGUCGAGCCAGUCUUCACCGACAACGUCAAAGUUACUCGCGUAACGAGCAGCGAGAGCCCGGGCAACACGUUCAGCCUGGGUGGCCACAAGGUCGAGUACGAGGCGUCCGACGAGGCCGGCUGGACGACCAAGUGCAUCUUCACCGUUGUUCUGCGGCCACUGCUCCCCGAGUAAAGACGGGCCUGGCGGGAGAAAAAACCAAGGCAAUAUAAAUGGAAAUCGCCGGGAAAACGAGGAGCGCAGCAGCCUCAGUUUUCGCGCUCGAGAGAAUCGCUAAUGGAUUUCCGGCUGCGGGCGCGGAUUGAAAAAUCUCCGGCAAGAGAAGCGAGAUGGAGCUCAGCAGUGUGAGGGGCGAGAUCGAAACGCCAGAAUUUUUCUUUCCUCAGGGCCGCUAGACGUGGACUUUCGAGAGUUUGGCCUUUGGUAAAACGCUGUUUUCUUUUCAUUAUUUUCACUUUCGAAGAACGUGCAAACAUCUUAUUCGCCACGGAAAGGAGACUCUAUGAGACUCUCUGUGAACGCGCGGCGAGAACAACUGUAGAUCUUUAUCUCGAGUUUUGUUAAACUUUCUACGGUCUCGCUGCCCGAAUAUCUAUAUGCGCCGGAAAAAAGAAAACAAUAAUUAUUAAAAUGUUUGAAAAAGAAUAUAAUUUAUCAAAGACUAUACUAUAUCUGUAAAAAAGAUCUCGACUCUGCAUGCUCCAACCUUGCACGAAACAGGAACCUUUUGUACAAUAGCAAGAGCUACUUCUACACGUUCAAGUACAUGAAAAUUGACCGUAGCGUGAGAUUAGAGAAAUUGAAAAGGCAGAAAAAAAAAAUAUAUAUAUGCAUAUACAUUACUUUACGGACGAAAGAUCUGCAUCGGAAUAAAAUUUACAGUAUUCUUUGAAAACACUUUAGUCACACUGUAUGAUAAAAAGUAAUAGAGCUGAGACAGGAGAAAUGAAUAUUACAUUUAUACAAUAAUUGAUGUUUUUAAUAAUAUACGUACCAGUAAAAUGAGUUUAUGUAAUCAAUAAUAUAUUGCAUAUACACGUAUAAGCGUAUACAGUAUUUUUCAAAAGGUAUGACUUCAGUUCAACUGAAGACUAACGUAAGUAGGAUAAUGAUAUAUUGUCCGCGCCUGCGAAGACCAUAUAGCACCAUUCAAGAAAAGCUUCUUUCGAUUUACAAUUAAUUUUGAAACAUCAAAGUAAAAUUUAUUUUCCGUCGAUACAUGAAGUGGUAAAUCAUACAAUAGUCCUUUUUCUAAUUGCGCUAGUCUUCGUAGAAACCGGCGAUACAGCUUCACUACAUUUGAAAGAUCCUAGAACAUGGCAAAGGGUAACUACAUCCACUCUACAAUAUAUUAUGAUGUAUAAGAGAUUGAUUUUUCUUGCGAGAGAAAUAUAUGAUUAGCGAGAAUAAAAAAUAAAUACGUUCGUCGUAAAUAAAUAAUGAGUAGUUUCUUUUACAUCAAUACUGACAGGAGUUCUCAUGUAACAAAGCAAUUAUUUUGUCAGGCGUUGAAUAAUCCAAUCACGAUAUUAUCAUUAUUGUUACGUUAUAAAUAUUAUAUGUUAUUAUGCACACGUAUAUUUAAUGCGCAAUAAUAUAUUCCACGAGAUUAUCACGGCUCAUCAAUCGGCGUUAUUAUACGUUCUUAUGAAUCCACUGUGACUUGCUCCCAGGCGAUUAAUGUCAACGUCGCAUUUUAUUCCAUUACGAAACGAAAGGAACGAGUAGGGAAGCUCGCAUAAAAGUCCAACCUCCCGUCACAGAGAAAAGAUACGUGAGAUAACAUUGCGCAAUUUUGCCGAAUCUGCGCACAUAACUAUGUUCAUCCCGGCCCAACAGACCGCGUAAACAAACUUAACUUAAAAAAAGCUCAAAAGUCGACUUUUUCUAUGAUCACGUGGCGACGAGAAAGGUACCGCAACAAAAAGGCCAACGGAAGGGUCCGUGCAGUAUCCAAGCGAAAGGCCAACAAACUCUAGACUCUCGUGAAACAGUCGAGCACGUGAACGUAAUCGCGACUCGUCGGCGUGUGAAUUCGCUGGCUGUGAAAAUUACUCCAUGAAGCCGAAGGCCGUUCAGCUCUACUUGGAUACCGCACGGAGCAGCAAAAGUAAUCUCGACGAUGUUCGCCCUAUACUGACAUUCGUCAGAGAUGCGCCAACUUCUCAUGCACGCGUGCUCUUCGACUACUUUUGAAAUUCGAAAAAAAAAACUAUAACUCCCUACUACUACGAUUCUUGUACGCAACUUAAAGCACGACAAAGUCAUUUGAUGAUACCUCUGAACGGCAAUUUAAUUUACCAAUGUAUACCGGGAAAACGGAGAAAGAAACGGGAUGAGGAAGCAGAGCAAAGGGAUAUCAUCUAUAGGAGCUUUUUCUAAUUAACGACUGCUCUUCAUCAAAAUGUCUGCGCUACACGAUCUCAAAAAGCCGCUUACCUAAGGUAAAUUUAAUACAGCUUUAGAGCCAUUCAGUUUCAGAGUUUUGCUGCGUCCUGUAUAUUAUGGGUAUACAUGAUGGGGAUGUUCGAGGCGCACGAAAGCCAUUGCUCGAGCUUCAAGGGAAGCAACUUCAGACGAUUUUCGCAAGGUGCGCGCGGAGAGCAUAAAGAUACUAUAGCCCCGGCCGGAACUUCCUCUCCGCGCAAGCUUUUGUAAAUCUUAAUCAGCGAUGCUGAUGAAUUCCGAAACGGAGAUAGUUAUAAUAAUCUUCUCGGCAAAUGAAGUAUCUUAUGCUCCCCCAACGUAUUUUGGAUGUGUUUAAGUUUGCAUUCGAAUCGCGCGAUAAUGACUCUUUCAUUCGGCAGAGCACCGAGAGCAGAAAUAGAAAUUCAUUAACAUACAUCAUCGAAAGCAAAGCAACAUUUCAACGCCGCGCCGCAGUAUCGACACUCCUGUCAGCUCUGCGCGAUAAACGGGAUCGUCCAUACCAGUUUACACGCUUAUUACGCGCUACUCCGUUUAUUAUCCCGUCGCCCGAGUCCUUGGAGUCGAUGAGCUAUAUCGCGCGAGUCGAUAAUUGAUGAAGCUUUCGGCGAGGGGAAAAAUGCUCGUGUUAUUAUGUGAUUGCGAGCGGGCUGCUAGCGCUGAUUGCCGUGCGAGAGCCAUUUCUCAUCGGCAGACAAGUCGACACCUUCGCUCGAAUGAAUCGCUGAACACAAGCUCUUAACAACGCGCUGCUCGUAGGGAAUGGAUUCGCAUCUACACCGAGGAAUAUUUACGAGAGAAGGGUGACGUGUUUUUUGCCCAGUAUCAAAUCACUGUAUUUUUCCGUAAUCAGAUGUCAAUGAUGCUUGCUUAACGCCGUGGAUUUUGGGCACAAGGAGAACUUACCGUGCGACGCGCGUUUCUGGGAUCAAAAAGUGAAAGAAAUCGCAGAUUGAAUGGAAAUCUUGAGAGUAGCCUUGAGAAUACUAUACAAAUAAAAUAUUAUAACAAAUGUACAGGAGUAGAUCAUCGAGUUUACAGCUGAGAUUCACUUCCAAGAUAUGCUUUUACUUUGCUGUAGGAUGUCUCGCAUUUCAAAUAUUCAAGCGCAGCUACGCGUGAGAGAUCAAAUUUUUUAAGAGGCCUCUAUCAGUCUGCAUCACGCUGUGUUAUAUUUAUUCAUGCGAAAAAAAACUGGGGUAUGUCUUUGCGCUAUCGUUGCUUUUUUUAGAAGAGCUUACGGGGUGGUUCUAUAUUAUAUACAUAUUUGGCUGAGAAGCAGCUAGGCUCAAGGGGCUACCACACCAGUUAUAUAUAUAUAUAUAUAUAUAUAUAUAUAUAUAUAUAUAGAGAGAGAGAGAGAGAGAGAGAGAGAGAGAGAGAGAUAUACUAGCCAAUGCUAAUUUACUUUAAUUUAAUGACUUUAAAAAAACUACAGGACCGAGAUAACGGUACAAUUUUUGAAGUACGCUUUCCUUCCAAGCGUCUAACCACGGCUAAAAUAAACAAUAAACGUUUGAUCUGAUCAAACCCCAAAUGCUGCCCAGCUCAUUUCCGCGCAAAGAUGGUACCGACAACUAGGUCCUGUAAUUUUUUGAGACUCCUAUGUACAGCCGGUUUCCUAAAAGUUGGGAGUAAACGAGCGCGUCAAUUUAACAUGAUUAGUAUAUCUAUAUAACUGGUGUGGUGGCCCCUUAAGUCUUUUUGUAAAAAUCUAGAAAUAUGUAAAACAAACUUAAUUCAUAUUUACGUAUAAUUAUGAUCCUUGCAUAAUAUGGACUGAUAUAUAUCUAUUCAUAUCGACUGUGACGAGUUUAAAUGUUUUUCUUCGCAACUCUAUAAUAAAUAGGAUACAUUUUCUUGAGUUUUUUUUAAAAAAAAAGAGAAUUCAAUACGUAUAAUAAAAAUUGUCCUUGAAUUUUAUUACUUCCACUAAGCAUAAAAUAGUAUAAUGCAAACUUAGCGAGGCCCCUUAAUAAUAUAGUGUGAAUAAUAAUUAUUUUAAGUAUAUGAAAGUAGGGAAAGAAGGAAACGAUGUAGGCGGAAGUCAUAAUAAUUGAAUGUCAUCCUUAUUAUAACGAUUGUGCACGUAAGAAUAAACGUAUAUAUGUUAUUUAUUGUCAGUAUGCCCAUACGCGCCAGUCGCAUAUCAUGUUACAAUGACGUUCAAUUACUACCUACUAAAUAAUAUGUGACGCAUUAUAAAUGUAUAAAAUUCACCUAUUAAAUAUAUUACAAAACA